AUGUUAUUGGACAAGUUGAAAGUGUCUAGAAAUCUUGGUGAGGAAGUCUAUUCGGCUUGUCGGAGUGCUGGUGAAAGAAGUGUCAUUCUUGUGAUCCGUUUUGGGAAAAUAAACGUUUUCAAAGGUGAUCGUCGAAUUAUAAGUAGUUGUCAAACAACUAAGGUUCUGAUAGAUUUGAAUGAUCCCGAUGUCAUUGUCUUCAAGAAUAGUUUACUUGAGAAUUGCGGACAUAUUACCUUCUUGAGUAGCAAACCUCAACAAAGGGUUUCUUAUGGUGAUGAGAUUAAUUUCGAUCAGUUUACAAUGGUCACUAUUUCAGAAUUGCAAGAUUAUCUUGAGGUUGGGAAAUGUAAGAUCAUGUGCACCAUCUACACGGUUGACACAGACUGGUCGUGGUUUUAUUUGGUUUGCACUAGGUGUGGUAAAAAGUUGUACAAAAUUCCAAAGAAGGAAGAUCAAAAAAUGACCAAGAAGAAUAAGACAAUUUAUUCAUGUGAAACAUGUGAUGCAAAAGUGACAUUUGUGAGUGCGAGGUACAAACUUCAUCUUUACGUUAUGGAAAACACCAGCAAGAUCAAGUGUUUUCUUUUUGAUUCAAAUGCGCAGGAUAUUUUAAAACAGAAAGCUGAUGAGAUCCUCAAGGGGAACUUCGAUGAGAUACAAGAUCCGGAUGUCGUUCCUGAAGCACUGCAAAACUUGAUUGGGAAGACUUAUCAGUUUCUGAUUUGUGUUGAGAAAGAAAAUCUCUACGGUGGUAAUAAUACAUACAAGGUCAGAAAUGUUUGGAAAGGAAAUGAUGUUUUAUCCGCUGAUGAGGUGAAUGAAUCUGAAGAUAUGGGUGAUCAGAGUUUGCUCUUGUCUGGUAAUCAGGUGUCGCUGAUAAACAUGCUGACUCAAGAGCCUUCUUAUAAAGUGGAAAUUUGA